AUGCGUGAGGCUGCUCUGCUGCUCCUGGUGCUGGGGCUGCAGCAGGCCGAGGGCCGGUGCGUCUUCAACCGCACGCAGGAGUACUGCCUGUGCUACAGGCUGACCGAGCAGAGCGCCGGGAGCGUCAUCCAGUGCCUCGCCGCCUCCACCGUGGAGUUCCAGGGGGGAGACCUGGAGAAAUACGCUGACUUCCCCAUCAAGGACCUGGACGACUCCACCAUUGACAUGCUUGGCAGCCUGGAAAUCAGGAAGAUCGUUUUUUCGGACCUUCUGGUUCCCGAGGUCCUCCUGGCCCGCGUCCUGCGGUUCUUCUCCUACACUCGGGUGCAGGAGAUGGCGUUCGAGAGCUGCAGCUUCGUGGGGAGGAGCAGCUGGGCGGACAUGGCGGGCCGGGCCUUGCCUAUCAUGUCACUGCACUUCCACAACGUGACGGCCGCCGCGCUGGAGGGCCGCGAGCAGGACCUGUCCCCGCUCAGCCGCUGGCUGGGAGCCCUGCAGGAGCUGUCGGUCACCGCCUCACACCUGGCCGUGCUGCCCUGCGCCGUGGGCCGGGCGCUGCGGGCCCUGCGCUCGCUGGACCUGGCGCAUAACAGCCUGGGGGACGACGGCCUGGCGCCCGCCUUCUGCCGGGGGGCCUUCACGCAGCUGCAGGUGCUGAGCCUGCGGCACAACCACCUGACGUCGUACCACGCUGUGUGUGGCGGCGUGCGGCUGCUGGGCGAGCUGCGGCACCUGGAUCUCAGCCACAACGCGCUCAGCGCCGGCGCGCCUUCGUCCUCCUGCCAGUGGCCGGCGACCCUCCGCGUCCUUAACUUGUCCAACGCCGGCUUGGACGAAGUGCUCACACCUCUGCCCCCCGCUCUGGAGGUGCUGGACCUGAGCUCCAACCGCCUCCACGCUGCGGACAUCUCCCUGCGCUCCCUGCAGGCGCUCCUCCUCAGCCGCAACGCUCUGCCGGCCGUGCCGUCCAUCCGUGGCUGCCCCGCGCUGCACACCCUGCACCUGGACGACAACCUGAUCGCGGAGCUGCCGCGGGACGAGGUGCAGCUGCUGGAGCGCCUGCGAGAUGUGGCCGCGGCCGGAAACCCCUUCAACUGCACCUGCCAUGGGGCUGGGGCCGUGCAGGCGCUGGCGGCCGCGGGGUGCCUGGGGCAGGGCUGGCCGCAGGGCUACGUGUGCCACGCGCCUGCCCGCUACCGGGGCGUGCUGCUGCGGGACGUGCCCGCCUCCCUGCUGCGCUGCAGCCCCGCUGCCGUGCUGGCUCCUGUCUGCACCGGCCUGGCGCUGCUCUGCGUGGCCGUGGCUGGCGGGCUGCUGUGGGCGCGGAGGGCACGGCCCAGGUGGUUGUGUGGCCAGGGGAGACAGGAGGAUGCUGUGGAGUGGGACUGCACCCAGCGCCGUCCUGCAGCGGUGGUGGCUUUCCAACACGAGCUUUGAAAAUCCUCUUAGAAGCAUUAAGGUUGGAAAAGACCCCUUGAGAUCGAGUCCAAUCGCAACCUCACCUUGCUACCCGAACGCUUACAGUGCUCCGCUAGGUCAUGUCCCUGAGCACCACAUGCAGAUGAUUGUUGAACGCAUUCAAAGAUGGUGACUCAACCACCUCCCCGGGGAGCCUAUUCCAGUGCUUAACUACCCUUUCCGUAAAUAAGUUUGUCCUGAUAUCCAAGCUAAACCUCCCCUGGCACAACUUGAGGCCAUUUCCCCUCGUCCUGUCGCCUGCCACCAGCGAGAAGAGACCAACC